CUAUCAACCAUGACUUGGUUAUGAUUCACCUUGCUGUAGGUUCUACCCUCCUUCCUAUUCUCUCUACAUAGUAACACACAAUCAUCGUACUGUUCUUUUCAGCCUUCCCUACUUUUCCUUUCUUAAUUUUUUUCUCUUCAAACCUUGUGGCCUAUAUCUCCUGGCCACGCUUAACCUAUGAUGCCUAUCAACAUUUGAUUCUGUUACCACGCACGCGCUCCUGCUUAGCACAAGUUGUCGCCGCAUGAUUCGGAGCUAUCCCGUCCGUCCGCAUUGUGUAAUUUUUGCUAGCCUGGCAUGCGCCAUGCUAAGCAUAGCUUAAGCACGGACUCGACCUAAUAAGUAGACGACGGGAGAAGAGAGCACUUGGUUCUCUUUGCGCAUUUUCGGCAACCAAACAUUUUAUUUUUAUUUAUUUUUUUAGUUCGUUAUUCCUAACAGCAUCAUCAUAUCAUGGCAGACGUAAGCGGCCCAGAUCGCCCGGAACAGUACGCAUACCCUGUAGCUGGGAACGUCUAUUAUAGGCCGAGGUCUUUAGAACGGAGACACCGCCCAACUCCGAGCCUACCCACCCCGCAUAUCCGACCACGCCAGCGUCGACCUCAGUCUAUCCAUAUCGUCUCCUAUCCCGCCGGCUAUACGCCACCCGACUUAAGACCGGCUCCAUUUGUGAAGUCCAAGUCAUCUAAGUUUAGGAAGGAGAAGAGUAAUAGAGCCGAAGCAAAAAAGGAAGACGGAUCAGGAUAUAAAAGUUCACCAAGACGGGUAAUUCAGAAGGUAUUGGGACCUUUGAAGCUCCACUUCUCGCAAUACGUGGCUGUGGAUAAUCCUACGCCUCCUACGCCUCCUAGCGCUUCCGGCAAUUCGAGACCAACCCCAAGACCGAGACCGUGCACACCUAGUAACCUGUGUGUUCGACCGCAAUCUAUGUUUGUGUUCCCUUCUUCCACACCACCCUCAAUGCUGGGCACCUCUGUCAUGACGGCUCCCGCGCAGUCGCCCAUGCUGGCGGCACCCUCCCACUCUUCCCAUCGAAAUAGUAUCAUCUCGGUGCGUUCAGCAAAAAGCAUAAUGAGUUCGAUAACCGAAGUCCCAAAGCCGGUAGCGAGCGGAAGCGGAGUUUCGUGUUCUAUCAUCCUAGCGGAGCCAAACGUCUUUCUUACUGGGUUCGAGCACGACGGCCAGCCGCGAAACGACGCGGCUAACUCCACGGCACUAUUGAGGGGUAAAUUGCAGUUGAACGUAUCAAAAAAUGUGAAGAUAAAGUCGGUGAUCCUAAAACUCCACGGCAGGGCCAGGACCGAAUGGCCGGAGGGCAUACCGCCACUGAAGGUUGAUCAAUUCGAAGAGGAAUCUCUCAGGACGCAGGUGUUAGCGUUCUUCCACGCCGCACACGAGACGGGAGAGACCGAGUUUGGAAACCAGUGUACAUAUUCGAUUCGAGGUAACGCUGAAUGUGCUACCGGUCGCCGGGGUGCCUCCCCUUCCCAGUCGACAAUCUCUUUAGCCCUGAAGAAUCGGCCGAGCGCCCACCUGACAGCCCGCGAUUACAAGCGAUUAUCGCUCCAGUCUGUGCAGUCUCGUAGCUUCGGCAAGGGCGAUACUCCCAACCCAAAUAUCGUACAGCCGAAGACUUACAAAGUAUUUUAUCCCGGCACUUACGAGUACUCUUUCGAACUUCCAAUCGACCACCACCAGCUCGAGACUACCAAGCUCCAAUUUGGAUCGGUCAAAUGGGAACUAGAGGCAAUCGUAGAGCGAGCAGGGGCCUUCAAACCCACGCUUCAUGGUACCAAGGAAGUCUGUAUCGUGCGUGUCCCAGACCAGCUAUCCCUCGAAAUGACGGAGCCCAUCUCCAUCAGCAGGCAGUGGGAGGAUCAGCUGCACUACGACAUAAUGAUAUCGGGAAAAUCCUUUCCUAUCGGUACCAAAAUACCUAUCGCUUUCAAAUUGACGCCUCUAGCUAAGGUGCAGGUUCAUAAGCUUAAAGUGUUUGUGACCGAAUCCGUUGAGUAUUGGACCAACGACCGCCGGGUCACUCGGAAGGACCCGGGGCGGAAGAUACUGUUGCUAGAGAAAUCGGCGGGGAAACCUCUGGAUAAGCAGUUCGAGGCGUCCGAUGUGAAAGUUUUGAGCGGUGGCGAGCUGACUCCCGAACAAAGACACGAAGCACGCAUUGCAGCGCAACGGCGGCGGAGCAUAGAGGCCUCGAGGGCACACACGGUACCCGAGCCGCUACCAGAGCCCACGGAUAACCUGUUAGGUGAUCUAGAUCUAGGCUUGGAGGCUUAUUGGGGAUCGACGGAGAUUGAGAUGAAUGUCCAGAUUCCAACUUGCUCGCAGAUGGCCAAGGACAAAAGCUUGAGAUUACAUCCCGACUGCAGUUGGAAGAAUGUUAACGUAUACCACUGGAUUAAGAUUGUCAUGCGCAUCUCUCGUCUUGAUCCUGAUGAUCCCGCAGGUAAGCGGCGUCGACAUUUCGAGAUCAGUAUCGACUCACCUUUUACCGUCCUCAACUGCCGUGCUACGCAAGCCAACACCGCUCUGCCCGAGUAUUCGGGUGCUGAACAGCCCAUGUAUCGCCAGCAGGCUAGUUGUGGUUGUCCCGACGCUGAGAUACUCGCCACGAGCCCUAGCCCCGCAUCAAGCACAGGUACAAUACCUUCCGUCGAAGCCGGUAUCAGCGUUGCUAGCGUCGACUCUCCCACAAUCGCGCCUCCGCCUGCCGCUCACGUGCAACAGCAUCCGGCAGCUGGUUCUCAGCCGGUGCAAAGACAGUCUAAUAUACCUUGGGCACCACGGCCUAUUCAUCUCCUAAGGUGUCCGAGCUUCAAUCCUCCCGCUUUCGAUGCCGACGAGCCACCGCCACCUAUGCCUACACCACCACCACUGUAUGACGUCGUCGUCGGGACGCCUAGCGUAGAUGGUCUUGCCGAUUAUUUCACGAGGUUGGCCAAUUACGACGAUGGCGAUUCAGACAGUGCAGACGAGGCGGUCGAAACACCCAGCAGACUCACCGAGCGAAGCGGGCGAGUUAACGUGCCCCAUCCGAGAACCCCAGGAGGUAGGAUGGUUCCAAGCAGGAGCUUGGAGAUUCAAAGGCCAGCAAUUCCUAUGACGUUAAACAUGGCCGGGGCAUUAUCAGAACGCAGAGGCUAACGGGGCCUCUCGAUCAUUCUUGCGAA